AUGCAUUUGUUCCAUCUAAAUUAUGAGAUUUACAUGUCGUUUAUUUGGGCUGUUGAUAGUCGUGAUUACCUCAGUAUUGAUCAUCAGAAUGCCCAACGUCUUAGAUUGUCCAAUCCCGUGCACAACAUUGUUUGGCGCCUUAGUUCCAAUUUAGGUGUCCUGAUGCCCGAACCUGAUUCUGAUUCUGAUGAGCCCAUUCCUGAUGCUUCUGCGCCAGUGCAUGUUUGUGAGAUAAAUACUAAGAUGGUGGAGUUUCGAGAAGAGUUCUAUUCCUUUAGAGACAAUCAACAAGCAUGCAACCAACAUGUGGAUUCCAUUGUGACCGACAUGCAUAGGGUACUCUAUUUAGCAUUGGAAGUUUAUUUUGAGGCUAACAAUCAUGUUAUACGGUUCUAUUUUGCUUGUUUUGUAUAUUUGUUGUUGUAUAUAUAUUUCUUUUGCGCUCUUGAUAUGGUCAUGGAUUUAUCUCCUAUUAUGGAUUGCCGAGAGUUGACACGGGUUUUGGAAGAAGAUAUGAAGAUUGUGCAACCGCAAGCUGUUGAAGAGCAUGGAGAGAAGACUAAGAAGAAUGGGAUAUGCCUUACCGACGCCUGA